AUGGCCCUGCACCCCAAAUGUACCAUGAGGGAGCUACACAGUCCCCACAUGCCUUUCUCGGCACUCUUUCUGCUCCUGCUCCUGUUGCCUCCUCCCAUUUUUAAAGCAGAGAGCCUCCAAUACCAUGGCCCUGGCUGGAAACUAUUCCACCGCCUGGGCAAGGGCUCCAGGAGUUCUCACCAACGCCAGAUCCAUCGCAUGAAGCAAAACUGGCGCCACUGGCGCCACAGUCGAUCAGGAGAUGAAUGUCAGGGUGUUUUCGACCUCUACUUCAUCCUGGACAAGUCAGGCAGUGUGGGCGAUAACUGGAUUUAUGUUUAUCAAUUUACGGAGAAUUUGGUGAAGAAAUUCCAAAACCCUAAACUGCGGAUGUCCUUCAUUACCUUCUCAACAAAGGGUGAAGUUCUCAUGCCACUCACCUCAGACAGAGAAGAAAUCCGCAACGGCCUUCUCAAACUUGAGAAAGUGGUACCUGCAGGACGUUCAUACAUGCAGAAAGGAUUUGUAAAGGCGAAUGAACAAAUCCAAAACGCCACCUCGGGAGGCCACAAUGUCAACAGCGUGAUUAUUGCUCUGACUGCUGGGACAUUGUCAAUACAGCCAUUUCAGGAGACCAAGGAAGAGGCCAGAAAAGCCCGGAAAAUGGGAGCAACUGUUUACACCGUCGGUGUAUAUAUGUAUAACAAAUGGCAGAUAGUAGACAUUGCGGACAGCCAAAACCACAGUUUUGGGGUCAACGAAGGGUUUAAUGCUCUGAACAGCAUCGUUGAACCGCUUGCUACCAAGUCCUGUAUUGAAAUACUAUCUGUGGAGCCUUCCCUUGUGUGUGCAAAAGAUUCCUACCAAAUAAACAUUAGUGGACAUGGGUUUGAUAACACAAAAGACCAGAGGCAAGUUAUUUGCAGAUUCACAUUCAGUGAUUCCAGAGUCGUCGAUGAAGUCCCUACUGAUCUGAAUGAAGAUGGUUUAACAUGUCCUGGACCAAAAAUACAACACACUGGAAAGGAAGUCUCUCUUGAAGUCAGUCUGAACAAUGGCAUCUCCUUCAUUGGGAACAAAUUCAUCAUAACCAGCACCAGCUGUGGGAGUACUAGGCGUAAGAAGCCGCAACCACCUCGGCCACAUCCAGGGAAGAAGCCAGAAGAAGUGUGCCGGGACCCACAUGAAUCACCACCCCCUCCUCCUCCACCUCCUCCUCCACCUCCUCCUCCACCUCCUCCUUUUGCAGCUCCAUUACCUGUCAACCCAAGACCUACUGUGAUAGUUGCCUGCUGUGGCUGUGGGAACAGAAGGAUGCAGGGAAGCCCAGACACGUGCUGCAACUACUUUCAGCCAAGCUGCCCCCAGAUGCCAAUGAUGUGCUAUCAACCCACGGUGCAGGGGAGAUGUGCCAACGUCACUGUCAUGAAUCCCAGCUGCCCACAGGCCUCCUGCCCUCAUCCCAAAAGAGACUAUUUCCAUAUCCCACAAACACCAUACACCUCAAGGAUUGUUUUUCAACCCAAUGCAGAGUGUUUCAACAUCCCUCAGGCAACCUGCACCCCAAAUAUGUGCCUUCCAGCCAACCGAGAAUGUCUCCCUGCUGCACAGACUACGUGCUCUCCGACCCACUCACCCCAUCAGGAGUUCUACCCUCUCAACUAUUCACAGUCCCCGAGCCCAGCCCGGUGUUCCAAGUCUCCCUCCAGGAUGUUACCUCUGCUUCCUCCCCACGCCCGCCAAUCUAUAGAAUCCCUUUGUCGCAUCCGCCCUCAGCGCCCAACCUCUAAAAGAGCACAUUUCUAA